AUGGCCUCUGAGAGGAAAGGGAAAGGUAGACACGAAGAGGAUGAAACGGACUUGGCCACGUCAAGCGCAGCGCCCGAAAGUCGGGUGCGACCGAGUACUUCAACCACAGCUAGUCGACACGACAACGCGCGCAGCGACGUUCCCCGCUCGUCACGUGGUGGUGGCGAACGUCGAGCAGAAGGCCGACAACAACAUAACUCGACAACCUUGUUUCCUCGGAACAACAAACAGGAGCAUUACUCGUAUUCCGAGUCUGAUGAGUCGGAAGGGUACAUCCCGAGGCAUGCUGAAGCGCUGAUCAAGCUCAACCCUACGCAGAACAACUCGAAGUGGCGCGACUUCAUCAAAAACAAUCCUUUAGCCCUGGAGGAUGAAGACGACAAAAGGUUCUAUUUCGCAGAAGCGAUAGAUGCGCUUAGGAAUAGCGAUGUAGCUCGAGCUCAAUCAUGCGUCAGAAUUGGCACGGUGCUCCACUAUGUGGGAGGGAAGAAGCCACACCAAUACAGGAGACUCUUUGAUAUCCUGGCUGGAGAUGUGGCUGAUAAGGGCCAGUCCGACGCUUUCGAAAGCAGUUGCACCACUUUCUACAAUGAUUGCAAGGCUAAGUCGAAGUCGGCAGAGGCAAAGACAACAGGCGCACAAUCUGCAAGCAAAUCAGGCGCGCGGACAACGUCUGGACGUGAUAGCACUCGCCAUGAUGUUAGCCGACAUGAUGUUACUCGACAGGAUGAUACUCGACAGGGUUUUCGAGCUGCUCGACGUGCAGAUCGACAUGAUGAUCUUCGACCACCUGUCAACUUCAGUAAUCUCAGCCUGGGACGCACACUAGACCCUCAGCUACUACCUAAUCACAGAGACGAUGAGGAUAGCCCAGAUCUUCCGCAUGGUGGUCGCCCACUUCCUCGUCCGAGGCAAGAUUCCGUCACAGGCACGAAGCCAACCAUAACAGGCAGUAGGAACCGUCAUGAUGAUGACCCCGGAUCAGUUGCAGGAGGCGGCAAACCAAGCCAGCAGCCCCGUCACAAUCCAUCAGCUGGCGGACGCGAGACCGAGAUCGAGUCAGGUGAGCUCGACAGAGAACCUUCAAUCACGGGUCCGAAAGCAAGUGCACCAGAUGAAGAAUCGCUGGACCCGCGAUUCAUCAGACGAGAGACGAGGAAGGCUGGCAAUUUCUUCAAGAUAGGCAGGAUUUUUGCUGUCUUGGAACAUGUGGAAGAAGCAAAGGAUGCAGAUUAUACUACUGAGGCAAAGUGGGAGACCAGGACUCGAUUUGGGAUGGUUCUGACACACAUACGACACUUCGCUGUCGUUCGUGAGGGACAUGGAUUCUGCUGGGCAGUUCCCAUUAAUACCUAUAAUGGUCAGGGUUUGAAGAAACGAGGCCUUCGCCCCGUCCAUAUCACAGCACACGCAAUAAUUUACAGUACCUCCCGCCCACCUCGACCGUUGCCACAGGAGCCUGCAAUGUCGAAAACACCAAUCGCAAUCGACCUCGGCCAGAACGCUGAUGAGUUAAAGCCAUCGAGCCGCAUCAAUUUUGCGCAGGUCCACACAAUUCAGCACAACGUACGUGCAAUGAACAUUGGCAGGGUUCGGGACAGUUCCUCAGCCUACUUCGAUGCUUACUGGCGGGAGCAUUUGCUCCGCUAG